AUGUGGAAACUAGUUCUAGCUCUUGUGGCUCCGCCAUCUCCCUCGCCCAGGGAACCAGCCGGCUUACACUCCUUCCGGGGUGUCAGUUUCUGCAGCUCUAAAGUAGGGGGGCAUGCUGAGUUUCAGGGAUCCUGUGACGUGUCGGGGAGGGCGCUGUCCGGACUGCGGAGGCGGUCGUCCUCUCCCGCCGCCGGCCAGACACGAGUCAGCAGGAAGUGGCCAGCAAGGCACAGCCUGAGCCUGCAGCUUCCCAGAGGGUGGACCCAACGACUCAGGCAGCAUCAGCCGGGCAGACACUCCCGGGUCCCGGCCUCAUCCAGCCUGCGGCAGUUCCUCCCCUUCCCCCACUCCUGCCUGGCACUUACGUCCAGCCCCGCGCGUGCAGUCGGUCCAGAGCCCGGUGUCGCGCCGCGCCGGGCCGCCGCACUUUCCCAGUUCCAGCCAAGAAAACAAAACAGCCACAGGCCUCCGGAUACCCGGAUUGAGCAGCACCGCCCCAGGAGCUCGCUUGCGCAUGCGGAAAAGGGGCGGAGGGAGCGGCGCGGAGAGAGAGUAGGACUCGCUGAGGGAGGGCCAGAGAGAGCCACGCCUACCGCGCCGACUUCUCUGAGCAUGCUCCGGGUGCCGGCUGUGGGGACUUUCCGCAGCGCUGCGUUCGCAUGUGUACGUCGGAAGUGGUACUUGGGUCCAGCGUUCCAGGAGCCUGGACCCGUCCUCGCCGUAGCUUCGCCUCCACGCUCUCGUUCCUGUUCCAGCGUCUCGCUGGAGUCGGUCGUGGUCCAGGAGUCAGAGCCCGCCCGGGAGAAGGCGCAGGUCACGGUCUCGGUCCGGACGGCGCCACCAGAGAAAGUACGGGCGCCACUCGCAGUCUUCCUCGAGGAGCGGGUCGCGAUCCUGCAGGAAGUGCCGCUCUCGGGGAAGGUCGUAUUACAGAAGGACCUUCUCGAACACGCGGGGGUGAAAGUACUAGGGCUUUGACCCUGUAGUGUACCCGAAAGAACACAGCACUUGGAGGGAGAGAUCCAGGAAGAGGUCGCAGAGCAGAACCCCGUUUCCUGUAGAGUGGACCUAUUAGAAAUAGCAAAAGCAAGCACAGCUAAAUCAUUAGGAACAGCCAACCUUGACUUCCCAUCUGGUCUCAGAACUGUUCCCUGUAGCUAAAGAAAGAAACUGUGGAACAACUGUACCAGAUACUGCAAAGUUCAAGUUUCUUGUGUCAUAAGUGGGAUCUGAAGACUAUCCCCUGACAAGCCCUGAGGCUGGAUCCCAUCCAGGACAGCACAUUACAUUUAUGUCUCCUGAGGCUCCUCUUAACUGUGACAGUUUCUCAGACUUUCCUUGUUUCUGAUGCACAAAUUUGAGGAGUACUGGUCAGGAAUAUUGUAGGUGUUGGUUAUUUUUUGUAUGUAACAUUUCAUGAUUAAAAAUUACUAAUCAGGGGGACUUCCCUGGUGGUCCAGUGAUUAAGAAUCCAUCUGCCAAUGCAGGGGACACAGGUUCCAUCCCUGGUCUGGGAAGAUCCCAUAUGCCGUGGGGCAGCUAAGCCCGUGCACCACAACUACCAAGCCCGAGCUCUAGAGCCCGGGAGCCACAACUGCUGAGCCCGUGUGCCACAACUACCAAAGCCUGCAUGCCUAGAGCCUGUGCUCCACAGCAAGAGAAGCCACUGCAGUGAGAAGCCUGCGCACCGUAAUGAAGAGUAGCCCCGCUCACCGCAUCUAGAGAAAAGACUGCGCGCAGCAACGAAGACCUAGUGUAGCAAAAAAAAAAAAAAAAAAAAAAGAACCUAAGAGUGGUGAUCAUUAAAAAAAAGAAAAAGAAAAAUUACUAAUCAGGGACUUCCCUCGCAGUCCAGUGGUUAAGAAUUCGUGCUUCCACUGCAGGGGGCACAGGUUCAAUUCCUAGUUGGGGAACUAAGAUCCCGCAUGCCAUACGACGUGACCAAAUAGAGAAAAAAAUUACUAAUCAGUUGUGAUAGCAAUACCUGUUGGGCCUACCUUAAAAAACACACAGACACACACACACACAACACCUCCAUGCUAUCAAUUUAGUGCAAGCCAGCAUCAUUUCUCACUGUAAUCACUGCAGUUGUCUCUCUGCUCUAUAUUGGGUCUCCACUCCCCCCAUCUUUUCUCCACACAGCAGCCAGAGAGGCUUUAAAAUAUAAAUCAGCUUCUAUUUCUUCUGGUCUCCAGAUGCUUCAAUGGCUUCUUUUCUUGUAGACUAAAAUACACUACAGGAUCCUUCAUGCUCUCAUCACUUAUCGCUCUUCCCCUGGCUCGCUCUGCUCUGUCACACUGGCCUCCUUGUAGCCCCUGAAACACACUGCACUCCUGCCCUAGGACCGUUGCACCUGUCCUUUACCUGGAACGUUCCUCCCCUGCACAGCCACAGGCUCACUCCUCCACUCUUUCUAGUCUCUGCUCAGAUGUCACCUCUUCAGAGAGGCAUUCCCUCGCACCUUAGCUUGCAGCCCGCCCCCCACAAGUUGUCCUCUUUCUCCUUAACUUUUUUUUAAAUUCAAAAUAUCACUACCUGACAUUACAUUCUACAUCUUAAUUUGUUUAUUGUCUGUCUCUUCCAUUAGAAUACAAGUUUCACGAGGCCAAGCAUUUAAUACAAUUUGUUUAUUGCUGUAUCUUAGGCUCAAAGUUAACAAUAAAUAUUGGUUACAUUAAUUAGUCAAUAAAUACUUUUUUUUUUUUACAAGGAAGUUGGUUGUUAGGUAAGGUGGUUCACAAUCUGGGACUCCUGAACUCCUAGAUAUCUUUGAAGGUGGCAGUUUUCUGAAUUUCUAAAGAUCUGGUCAGACUACUAAUUACUUACAGGGGGAUAGUUCAUUAAUGGAUAUAUCUCCAGAAUCUGGGAUAAUUCCUUUCAUACACUGAGCACUCACUAGAGAUACCUGUAUUAUAAUUAGCUGGAAUGAAAUCGGCAAUGUGGCAAAGCAAAGUCUUUGUGAUGGCAGCGUAUCUGAAAGGCAGAGGAAUACUGAGAAAGUUUAUGUACGAGGACAAUAAUCACAUUAAAAUUAUAUAAUGUUUGUUAAUAACACUGUUAUGGACUGAAUUGUGUCUCCGUGCCGCACCCCUCCCCCUGUAGCCCUAACCCCCAUUAUGACUAUAUUUGGAGAUAGAGCCUCUCAGGAAGUCAUUAAGGUUGUGAGGUCAUAACAGCGGAGCCCUAAUCUAAUAGAACUAGUGUCCUUAUAAGAAGAGGAAGAGACAGGUGUGCACAGAGAAAAGGCCAUGUGAACACACAGUGGGAAGGCCACUAUCUGCGAGCUAGGAAGAGGGCUCACAAAACCAACCCCUCUAGCACCUUGAUCUUGGACUUCCAGCCUCCAGAACUGUAGACAAAUAAAUUUCUGUGGUUUUAAGCCACCUAGUCUGAUUUCAGUCACUAUGAGUGCUAUCAUCUUAGAAGGUGAAGGACAAUGAGGAAGACACCCCACCCCGUGUUUUGGGGGUGGCUUCAGAUUCAUUGUUUUAUGUACUAU